ACUGAGUGCCUUGUGCUGUGGGGGACAGAGCAGAGCCGCGCUGACUGGGGCUGAGCGAGUUCAGAGGAGUGUUGAGCAGAAACGGAGAGGCAAGAUAGAAGCAGAGCCACUAAGGAUUUUGCUUACCAAGCACAUAGGAUGAACAGCUGAAACAACCUGGACCUGUUUACUUUCGUUAGCCGAAGGUGCGACUGAGUGAUCAUGUGGAAGGCUGUUUAUUUAGAGCUACACGCUGGUUUGGUACCAGGGCAGAAAACUACGGCAGAUAUACCUAGAACGUCUUAGAAGGGAUUAUGAUGAAAAACGCCUUUGCAUGCUUAGUUUGGUUAAGUUUUCCUUUGACUUACUGCUGUGACAAGCACACUUGCAGAGACACUGAUACAUAACCCCCCAACUCUGCUUUGCAAGUUCUGUGUCUUCUUGAGUUGGACUCUAAUUUUGGCUUUUGACCUCUGGGACAGGAAAGGGUUUUUUGAUCUAGCAGGGGACGGAACCCGCUGUGAGCCAGCCAGGGCUGACCCGCCGACAUUUUUCCAUAAUUUCUGGACCACAGGACUGUUUCUCGUGCCACCACGUCUUCCUGCUGAACCAGAUCUGAGACUGACUGCACAGGAGUUGUUUAUUUAAAGGACCUAAGCGGAACUCUUUUUGCCCCAGGACCAUGGGCUUUCUCUGGGGCAUGAUUAUGCUGCUGUGUGGGGUGGCUCUGCUCAGGGGGGACGGCAGUAAAGCCCAACAGACCAAGAACAACGUCCCACGGCUAAAACUCUCCUAUAAAGAGAUGUUGGAGUCUAACAACCUUGUGACAUUUGAAGGCCUCGCUAACAGUUCAGCUUACCACACUUUCUUGUUGGAUGAGGAGAAAGGAAGAUUGGUGGUGGGAGCCAAGGACCACAUCUUCUCUUUCAAUGUCCUCAAUAUCAGCAAAGAUUAUGCACAGAUCCCCUGGCCGGCUUCUCUAACCAGAAGAGACGAAUGCAAGUGGGCAGGAAAGGAUCUCUCGAGAGAGUGCGCAAAUUUCAUAAAGGUGUUGCUGCCGUUCAACCAGACCCAUUUGUAUGUGUGCGGGACCGGAGCGUUCCACCCUGUGUGUUCCUACCUGGAAGUGGGCAAAAAACCAGAGGACAAUGUGUUCAGACUGGAGCCGCACGUGGAAAAUGGCAGAGGGAAGAGUCCCUAUGAUCCCAAGUUACUCACGGCGUCGAUGCUAAUUGACGGAGAGCUGUAUGCUGGGACGUCAGCUGACUUCAUGGGGCGGGACUUUGCCAUCUUUCGCACUCUUGGAAAACAUCACCCAAUCAGGACAGAGCAACAUGACUCCCGGUGGCUAAAUGAACCUCGUUUCUUGGGUGUUUAUCUGAUUCCUGAAAACGACAAUCAUGAGGAUGAUAAAAUCUACCUGUUCUUCAGGGAGUAUGCCAUGGAAGGAGAACAUGCUGGAAAGGCCACAUAUGCUCGCAUUGGACAACUCUGCAAAAACGACCUGGGAGGUCACAGGAGCCUGAUAAAUAAAUGGACUACGUUUUUGAAAGCUCGGCUUGUUUGCUCUGUGCCUGGCAGUAAUGGAAUAGACACGCACUUUGAUGAACUACAGGAUGUUUUUCUCAUGACUACAAAGGAUCCCAAGAGUCCAAUCAUUUACGGAGUAUUUACCACUUCCAGCAACAUCUUUAAAGGUUCAGCAGUGUGUAUGUACAGCAUGACGGACAUCAGAAGAGCGUUCCUGGGUCCUUAUGCCCACAGAGAUGGACCCAACUACCAGUGGGUUCCCUUCCAGGGGCGUGUUCCCUACCCAAGGCCCGGCACAUGUCCGAGCAAAACAUUUGGUGGAUUUGACACAACCAAGGACCUCCCUGAUGAGGUUGUAACCUUUGCCAGAAGCCAUCCAGCCAUGUUCAACCCUGUCUACCCAAUUAACAAUCGUCCAAUCAUAGUCAAAACAGAUGUGGACUACCAGUUCACUCAGAUAGUGGUUGAUAAAGUCGAGGCAGAGGACGGCUUGUAUGAUGUUUUGUUCAUCGGCACAGAUAUAGGAACGGUUCUGAAAGUUGUUGCCAUCCCCAGAGGUUCUUGGCACGACCUGGAAGAAGUGUUGUUGGAAGAAAUGGCUGUGUUCAGUGAACCGGUUCCCAUUACAGCUAUGGAACUUUCAACAAAACAGCAACAACUUUACCUUGGAUCGGACAUUGCCGUGUCCCAGAUGCCUCUCCACCGGUGUGAGGUUUAUGGGAAAGCCUGUGCUGAAUGCUGUCUGGCAAGGGACCCUUACUGUGCAUGGGAUGGCACGGAAUGCUCCAGAUACUUCCCCAUGGCCAAGAGGAGAACAAGAAGGCAAGACAUCAGGAACGGAGACCCACUCUCUCAGUGCUCAGAUCUGCAACACCACGAUGAACUAAAUGGUCAGGCAACCUUCCUGGACAAGACUGUGUAUGGCGUGGAGAACAGCAGCACUUUUCUUGAAUGUAGCCCUAAAUCCCAGAGAGCCAUGACAUAUUGGCAGUAUCAACGCUCCGCUGAUGACCGCAAACAAGAGAUCAAUUCAGAGGAGCGUUUCAUCCGAACAGACCAAGGCCUCCUAAUCCGCACUCUUAACAAAAAGGAUUCGGGUAUCUAUUUGUGCCAAGCGGUGGAACAUGGCUUCAUGCAGACAGUUUUAAAGGUUAACCUGGAGGUAAUUAACACAGAACGGCUGGAGGAUCUUCUAAAUCCCGAUGAAGACACAACAACCAGUGCCCGUGCCCAGGACUUUUCUUUACCUAGAGAAGCUCCCAAUCAAAAGCUUUGGUACAGAGACUUCCUGUCUUUGGUCAACCACCCGACUCUGAAUAGUGUGGACGACUUCUGUGAGCAGGUUUGGAAAAGAGAGAGGAAGCACAGGAAGCAAAAAGCACACCUGGUGCAGCAGGGCGAAAUGCACCAUAAACAGCAGCAGAAGGUUGUGGUGAACCCUCAUAACCACAUGCAUGUGCAAGGGCUGGCAUCCAAGUGGAAACACCUGCAAGAAAAGCAGAAGGGACGCAACCGCAGGACCCAUGAACUGGAGAGGGCCCCCCGUAGCGUCUGACCCAUAAACCUUCACUUUCCCUCCAAGACUCAAGACCACACCCAGAUCACACUCUGUAAUCCUGUUUAAAAAGGUCAUGUUUCUUCUUUUCAAUUCUGCGAAACAUCUUCCAUUAAGGCUCAAUAGAAAAGUUGGAAAAGAAAACACCCUGAUCUACCAGCUGGUGUGUUCUGGGCGGAGGCGGACCUGUUUUAUAGUGCAGCAGUAUGGACAACCGCAGGAAACAGUAUGUAGUGGUGUCAUGCCAGAGCAUUGGAGUAUAUUAUCUCAGCUGGCCUCUGUGACCUGAACUCUGCAGAGUGACAGUAUCAGCCAGCACAAGAACUGGAUCUAUCCACACUACGAUUGACAGUUCUGGCAACAACAGUGUGUCAUGGUAUGCUAGUUAGGUGCCUGCUAGUGUGGAGACAAGCACAUAGCUGCAAUAACAGAUCUUUUUGUUUUUCCUACAUCACACAAAAAUGUGAAAUUGUGUCCAAAACAAGCUGGAAAGUACAUGGACUUGCAGUGACAUGGCAUCAACAAAUAAGUGACACAAUGAAAGGGCAAUAUGGAAGAACAGGUAUUUUUUUUUUUUAAGUUUCAUAAAUUGACAAAUCAGUAAACAAGAGAUGGAAAAAUGCCCAGGAACUGCAAGAAACUAGGAGGAACCAAACAUUCAGCACAUCUAAUCAGUCGUAGAUGCUGUAUACCAUGAUAUGUCCUCGAAAAAAAGGGAAUAGCUUGUAGUUGUCUUGUAGGUUCAUGUAGUUUCACAGAUAAAACAUUUAUUGAAGAAGUUUGCAAAGCCGCAAUAAACAGGGAGAUUUUUUUAUAAGUGUGUGUGCGUGCGUGCUUGUGUGUGUGUGUGUGUCUGUCUGUCUGUCUGUCUGUGUGCCUGUGGCCUAUAUAAGCUUCUCAGACAAAUAGGUUUUAUUAUUUUUUCAUCAGAAUCUUUCUGGUUUCAGCAUUUAGAAAACUGCAUCAUCUCAGUGUCCAAAAUGUCAUCCUGAGUUCUUCCAUGUUUAUUUAAUUACUAAAUAUUUUAGUUUUCUAUCCACUUCGUUUCUGGUGUAUGUGUAUAUUUAUUGAUUAAAAAGUCCUGUACAUUGUUAAUAUAUAUAUAUAUACACACAUAUAUAUAUUUCAUGUGAUGGCCUUGUUUCCUUUCAAAUUGUCAUUUACAGGACCAAUUUGUUAAAAUAACUAUGUUAUCACUAACAGAAAACUGGAAGUUAUUAAAUCAUUUUGUUUUAUAUCACGUUGCAUUACAUAUCAAACGUACUGAGCAAUAAGCCAGUGUCAGUUAUUAUUCUGUAUUUCCUCCACAUAUCCAGUCUUCACAGAGAGUGAAAUAUAACACUUUCAUUUCACUUCAUGUAACAAAAAAAAACAACUUCCUACUUUCCAGAAUAUUAUAAUAGUUAAUAAAACAGUGCACAAGCAAACACACAUCUGGAAUGUAGCUGUGAACAUCAUGUAAAUAUAAACUGUGGUCUGUGUUUGACAGCUUUGACACUAUGUACUAGUGCAUGUGAAUACUAGUGAAGUGUUUUUGUCCUGUUAUGGUGAAGAUAUAAUAGUCCGAUGUUGUUGCAGCACAUAAAAGUAGCAUUUUAAAAGAUGUACAUACUACUUCUGUUAAUACUUCAAACAAUGUACUUGAUAUGACAAGGAACUCAGCAGCAUCACUCUGUGGAUCCCGGCGUCCUCGUACCAUUCAACAACAAUAAACAGUGAACAAUUUAAGCUUUGCAACCCAUCAGUGUGUCAAAAAACUGUGUUUGCAAGCUUCGUCUGCUUUUGGAAGCCAUGACAGGGGAAGAUGAGAAGCAGCUGGAGCCCGCCUCAAGAGAUUUUAGGCUAAUGAGACAAGCUGAACACAAGAGCUGUGGCUCUGCAUAAGAAAAGACUUUCAUUAUAAUGAAGAAAAAAAAAGUAGGGGACCUGUCUGACAAACAGUGAGAGUGAGGAAAUGAAGUGCUGCUGUUGCUGCUUUUUAGCAUGAUGAUGAUGAUGAUGAUGAUG